AUGAUUGGUUGUCAUUGGCUGGGGUUUUUGUUCCUGCCGCUACUUUAUCUUAGUGGAACUGCAGCCUUCGAUGAGUCUCUGCUCAAGAAGUGUGCUCAAUCUGGGUUCUGCCAUAGGAAUAGGGAGUAUGCUAAGAAUAUAUCUGAGACGGGAGGUAGCUAUUAUUCUAUUGAAAGGGGUUCUGUGCGGUAUGAUGACGAUAGGCACACGGUAACUGCGGAUAUAUUGAAGAGGAUUCCCAGAUCUGAGGGUGGCGAUAAAAUAGUGGUAUUACCAUUUACUCUUGAUUUGCUGAAUGGGUCGCAGGUACGUUUUACAAUUGAUGAGAAGAGGGAAGUUGAUGAUUUCUCCGAUAUGUUGACCACAUAUAGGUAUAACGAAACAUCCACUUGGUGUUUGGUGGAUCCUGACCACCUAGGAGUGAAGCACUCGGAUAGUCUUCGGAUCAAAAAUCCUUCCUUUUGGAACAAGGAUUAUAUCAGUAUUUAUGAUGUGCAAACAGACUUGAGAGUCGUGCUUCAACUAGCUCACUUUAGUUUGAAGGUCUACCGUCAUGAGAAUUUACAGGUAACCAUUAAUGACCGCUCCUUUUUGAAUGUUGAACAUUUGAGGAGCAAAGACGAGCAAGAACAAAAUCUAGUUCCUGAAGAGGUGAAAUUUGAUUCGUUCUAUGAUUCUUUUGCAUACGCGUCAACAGAUUCUCUCCCAUUUGGCCCAGAAUCUGUUGCAUUGGAUAUUACCUUUCACAAUUACCAAAAUGUAUAUGGUAUUCCUGAGCAUCCAGAUCAUUUAAAACUCCGGGACACGUCUGGAGGUGAGCCAUACAGGAUGUUUAAUGCUGAUGUUUUCGAAUACACGGUGAAUUCAGUAAUGCCUACUUAUGGCUCGAUUCCAUUCAUGGUAUCAAAUAGACCUGGAUCCUCGGUUGGUGUUUUUUGGAUGAAUUCAGCCGAUACCUGGAUUGAUAUUAAAUAUGGUGAACUAGACACCGGAACACACUGGAUUUCGGAGACUGGUAUAGUAGAUGUUAUAUUAUUCUUUGAAGAUUCGCCUCUUAAGGUGACUGAAUCAUUUACCAACUUAAGCGGUAGACCAGCACUGCCUCCACUCUCUUCCAUUGGAUAUCAUCAGUGUCGCUGGAAUUAUAACGACGCUACAGACGUUUUAACAGUUAAUUCAGAGAUGGACAAAGCCCAAAUGCCCUAUGACUUUAUCUGGUUGGAUCUCGAGUAUACUGACAAUAAAAAAUAUUUUACCUGGAAGCCAGAUGCAUUCCCAAACCCUUUAAGCUUAUUAUCAAAGCUAGCACAAUUUGGAAGGAACAUGGUUGUUCUUAUCGAUCCACACUUGAAGGUUAAUUAUGAAAUAAGUGAUCACUAUGAAGAGGCAGGUAGCACUAUAAAAAACAAACAUGGAGACUCAUUUCAUGGGCAGUGCUGGCCUGGUGAGUCGGUAUGGAUUGAUACCUUUAGUUCGAAAGCUCAAAAACUCUGGGCCGGAUUUUUUCAGACUUUUAUAGAAGGGGCAAAGAAUUUAUUCAUAUGGAAUGAUAUGAAUGAACCAUCGGUCUUCGAUGGACCCGAGACAACAGCUCCAAAGGAUUUGAUCCAUUACGGAAAUUUUGAACAUAGAUCAGUUCAUAACUUAUAUGGUAGAACAUUCCAUGAAGCAACAUAUAAAGCUUUGAUCGAAAGAUAUGUGCAUGAAGACAAGAGGGCAUUUGUCUUAACUAGAUCAUUUUUCGCCGGCUCUCAGAGAACUGCAGCUUCAUGGACGGGUGAUAACGCUGCUAACUGGGAUUAUCUGAAGAUUUCUAUUCCAAUGAUAUUAAGUAGUAACAUCGCCGGUAUGCCCUUCAUUGGUGCAGACGUAGGUGGUUUCUCUGGUGAUCCUCAAACUGAAUUACUAGUUCGUUGGUAUCAAACUGGGAUCUGGUAUCCGUUUUUCAGAGGCCAUGCACACAUCGAGACGAAGAGACGUGAACCAUAUCUAUUACCUGAACCAGCGAAGAGCAUUGUUCGUGAAUCAUUGAAAUUGCGGUAUGCCUUAUUACCAACAUUAUAUACUGCUUUCCACGAUGCUAAUGUUUCGGGAAUUCCAAUUAUGAAUCCAAUGUUUUAUGUUAAGCCAAAUUUGGAAGAUGUUUAUUCUAUUGAUGACCAAUUCUAUGUAGGUCAACAUGGCAUUUUGGUGAAACCAAUCACCACUAAAAACGUUACAAAAACUACAAUAUACUUCCCACCCGGGAAAUACUAUAAUUAUCAUAAUUUUGAUGCAUUUACCCUUUCCUCUGGAGAUUAUGUAUCUGUGAAAGCUGAACUUGAUGAAAUUCCUAUAUUCUUGGAAGGUGGGCAUAUUAUCACCAGAAGGGACAGGUUUCGGAGGUCUUCAAAACUUAUGGCUAAUGACCCAUUUACCCUGGUUGUCGCACCAGAUAUUGACGGGUAUGCGCAGGGUACAUUAUACUAUGAUGACGGGGAAACAUUUGCCUAUCAAAGAGGCGAGUACUUAAAGGUAGAAUUUACCUUCAAAGACUUUAAGAUUAGCGGGAAGGUUAUUCAUAUGUCAUCUAAAUUUGCCAAUUUAAGUAUAGAAAGGAUCGUCAUUCCCAAACUAUCUUCCUUAAACAUUAAAGAAACAAUUAAUGUAGAACAAAACAAUAAAAAGUGGAUGUCUAGCGUUAAAAACGCUGAAAAUUCUUAUGUGAUACAGAACACUCAAAUCAAUUUAGGUUACCCAUGGACUAUCCAAUUAUGA